AUGGCCUCCAACACAGAAACGAUCCGAAUUGGCUAUGUGCCAGAGCACUACCUCGGCCCGCUGCACCUGGCGCUGCGCUCCUCCGCCGCCGCCCAGCUCCCGUUCGAAGUCCGGCUGGUCCCCUUCCCCUCCGGCACGGGCCACAUGAUCACCUCGCUCCGCGACCAGGAGAUCGACCUCGCGAUCGGGCUGACGGAAGGCUGGGUCGCCGGGCUGGUGGGCAAGCAGCAGGCGCCGAAGCCCGCCGCGACGGACGGCUACAAGAUCGUGGGCCACUGGGUGGACACGCCGCUGCGGUGGGCGAUCGUCACCGGGCGCGAGCGGGAGACGAUCCGGGGCGUGGAGGAUCUGAAGGGGGGGAGGGUGGGCGUAAGUCGCUUGGGAAGCGGCUCCCACAUCAUGUCCUUCGUCCUCUCGCAGACCCACCACUGGUCGGAGAGGGACACCCUCACCCCAACCAUCCUGGGGCCCUUCGGGUCCCUCCGCAACGGGGUCACCGGCUACGAUGACACUCCCGAUCAACACCAAAAAACGACCCCGACCCCGACCCCGACCCCGACGGCCGACUUCUUCAUGUGGGAGGAAUUCACGACGAAGCCGUAUUUCCGGCCCACGGUCGCAAACCCGCACCCGCCGUUGAAGAAGAUCGGCGAGAUCUAUACCCCCUGGCCGUCGUGGAUGAUUGUCGCGUCGACGGCGACGUUCCCCGUUGGGGAGUUGGGGAGGGAUGCGAGGUUGGAGAGCCUGUUUGAGGUGUUGGAUCGCGGGAUUGAGGAGUUUGAGGCGGAUCGCGAGAGGGUGAUCAAGUUGUUGGGGACCGGGGAGCUCGGGUGUACGUAUGGGGAGGAGGAUGCGCGGGAGUGGAUGAAGGAUGUGCGGUUUAGUCAGGGGACGCGGGGGGUCAAGCGCGAGGUGGUGGAUGGGGUCGUGGAUGUGUUGAAGGUUGCGGGGGUUAUUGAUGGGGAGUUGGAGAAUGAGGCGGCUUUUGAGCGGGUGGUGGGGAUUGCGCGGUAG